CGCCCCUCAAAAAUAUAUAAUUUUUAUAAUAAAUAUUUUUUUUAUUUAGUUUUUUUUUUAUCAAAUAAAAAUGGUUAUUUUUGAUAUUUAUUUAAUUUUAACGAUAUUUUUUUUAAUUUUAGCCCAUUUUUGCACAUAAUUUUCCUACAGGGUACAUCCACCAUAUGAAUUUGUCAUGCCAUUUUUCACUUUUUCGUCGCAAACAGCAAAAUAAACACUCAGUCAGCUGUCGGCGACAUUUGGUUUGUUCCACACGCUCUUUAAUGUUUUUUAUUACCUUCAUUUUGCUUGUUUCCUUAAAUUUUUAUUUAUUUUUUAAUUAAAAACACAUUUAUGUGCGACUGUGUGCUUGCGCAUGCAAAUAUAAUUGUUUCGCGAUAUUUACAUAUAAUAUUUAUGCAUUGCCAGUGCGCUUAGGCCCAGCAAGCAAGUGUUUUUGUUAGUUCCUUAAACAUUUAUUUCGGUGAAAUGCAAACGAAAGAGAGAAAGCAAUAAAACAAACGCGGUACAAUAAUAAAUAAUAAUGACUACGUCGAUGUAAAAACAAUACAUAUGCCUCGGCAGCAAUAGCAGCAGUAACAACAACAACAGCAAUAAGCGACCGCCACUGCUGCUGCUGCUGCGACAGGGAAGAAUAUUCGAACGCGUUGUAAUAAUAAGUUUAGUUUGCCGUUGGGGAUAACAAUAAUAAGUUCGACAAAAUGAGAAAUCGCGUAACUUAAUUUUAACUGCACCUCUGAAUUUCGUUGUUAAUUUUUUUUUUUAUGACUGGUAAAGUAGCUAACGAACUUGUAAUUUAAGUAACUCAGUAAAAUAUAAACCAGUGUGCACUAAAAACAAAAAAAAAAAAUUAUUUAAAGUGUGUGAAAUAAUUCAAAUUUAUUUAAAGGCUGUGCAAAUUAAAAAUUGUAUGCUGUGAAAUUAUUAAAAAAUUAUAAUAAUAGUGGUAAAAUGCAAAGCAAUAUCGAAUUUAUAAAUAAAUUAAGUAAUAGUAGCUAAAAGAUAUUAAUAUUAAAAAAUAACGACUAUACUCAGUGGAAAUAAUUAAUUUAAUAUAAAACUAACGAAACUGAAUAUAUUAGAUUUUUAUUAAAAAAUAAACCUAAUUAAUUGCUAAAACAAAAAUUUUAAUGAGUCAGUAUUAUCGGCAAGAAGGUGAAAAGUGUUCGCACUUGAAGCUGGAUUCCUUUAGCAUUCAUACAAUGGAUUUGAAAAAGUAUUACCAGCGUCCUCAGACACAAAAACUUAACCAGCAACAGCAAACGAAGGCAACAAUUAGUAGAAUGGAGCUGCGCGCACACAACUCGCUGAAACGUCCACUUACUAUAAAUACAGCUGUUGAUGCCUGGAGUCGUGGCCUAUUGGGGCGUAUACAAACGACACUUGGUCGUCAGAAGGCAAAUCGGCCGAAGUUGACAAAUGAGGCAAGCGGUCAUGGUGAUUAUCAAUGUUGGGAAGAGGUGCGUCAACAAAGUGCCGUUUAUGCGUUACUCGGACGGCGACCACGCAUGGAAGACAGAUACAUCAUCGAAGAGAAUAUCAAUAACAAUACAGGAAUCUCGUUUUUUGCCAUCUUCGAUGGUCAUGGCGGUGAAUUUGCGGUGGAUUUUGCAAAAGAUAUUUUAGUGAAAAAUAUUUACAAUAAAAUUAUCGCAACAACAAAGCUAAUGGGCAAUCAACAACAGCUGUCUGAAAGUAGUAAAAAAGCAGCACUCGAUGCUGAUUACGCAGAAUAUGACGCGAGUCCAUACCUGAAGCGGAAGGCAAGCCGUAAAGAUGAAAGCAAUAAGGAGAAUAAUGAGCCGUCAGUGCGUCGACGGGACAGUCUGCGCAAGGCACACAGUACCGCAGAUGAUUGCAAGACACCCUCUGGUGGCAAACAACAAAAGGACACCGAUGUCUUCACUUCCAAACUGAAUUCUCUAAUGCGCGGCAGCAAUGCGGCCAAGGAGGCUCUAUUCGGUGGCGGUAAGGAUGCUGGCAGUGAGAGCGGCAAAUCAAAUGGACCACCACAGAAUUUCGACGCCAAAUGUUACAUUGAAAAUGGAAAAAUUAAUUAUGGCAAAUUAAUCACAGACGAAGUCUUGGCCGCCGACUAUAAACUGGUUGAAGCAGCAAAGAAGCAGACCAAUAUUGCCGGCACCACAGCACUGAUCGCCGUCAUCGAGGGCAGCAAACUGACCGUUGCGAACGUUGGCGAUUCGCGUGGUGUUAUGUGUGACUCACGUGGAAUAGCGAUACCGCUGUCAUUCGAUCACAAACCGCAGCAGGUGCGUGAGCGCAAGCGUAUACACGAUGCUGGCGGCUUCAUCGCAUUUCGUGGCGUUUGGCGUGUGGCCGGCAUAUUAGCGACGUCCCGUGCGCUCGGCGAUUAUCCGUUGAAGGACAAAAAUCUAGUCAUAGCCAAUCCGGAUAUAUUGACCUUCGACUUGAAUGACCACAAGCCCUUAUUUCUGAUACUCGCCACAGAUGGUCUGUGGGACACCUUCAACAAUGAGGAGGCCUGCACUUUUGUCAAAAAGCAUCUACACGAAGCGGACUUUGGCGCCAAAGCGUUAACAAUGGAAUCAUAUCAACGUGGUUCAGUGGACAAUAUCACCGUGCUGUUGGUAGUUUUUCGUAAUGGCGAUUAUCGUAUCAGUUCGGCCACAACAACGAGUGCAACUGCAACGAAGACCCGCAAUGCAGCUGCGUCAGCCUCACUGUCUGCUUCGGCGUCGUCAACUAAAUUUCCCGUAAACAAUAAUGCAGCGAAAUUUCCCGUAACAAAUUUAAUUCGUUCGAAUAGUGGCGUCACCGCAAAGUAAAUCUUUCUUAUUGUACAAAUUAUACAUAUGUACAUGUCUCUAUAUGUAUGUAUGUAUAUAUGGAUAUUGUGUCAACAUAAGGAAGAAGUUAAAGCACGCCAAUUGACCAGCGUUAGUGAAAUUAGGAAAAAAAAUGAGGGUGGGAAGAAAUAUGUAUUUUUAAAAUUAUUUAUGUGCCCUGUUACUAGUUAUUAA